GUUUGGACUUCCUUCUUUCUUCCACACAGGCGUAGGGUACUAACGUGGUCAUUUCAUUGCUAGCCUAGUAGCGGGCUGGACUACUGCGAGCCUAGCAGUGCCCCCGAGUUGCGGCCAGCUGCUAAGCGCCGCCGAGCGUCGCCGCCUGCUGGUAGUUCAAACGAUCCUGGCACUGCCGGGACUUCUUUAGUCCGCAUUAAGCAAGCUCUUUCUGGACAGCGUGAACCGCAGGAGAAGGACAUAUUGGGUUUCCUGAGUGCAACUAGUGUCCCAAUCUUGUUCUAUGAGUGUCCCGUUAGGUCGUACGAUGAUCUCAUCAGCGAGCAGAGCAAAUCCUCGUCUGAUACCAGCCUCGGGUUUCUCACUUGGAUGCAUGGUACUCGACCUGUCACAGCGACGAUGUUCUACAACGCCGGCCACCGAGUCCAGUCUGGCGCUUUCAAGACGAUGCGGCGUGGACGUAUCGACCCAUCACCAUUCUCCUCGUCUGACGGGCGUGUUGCGGUGAAGCAACUACGCGCCAACACCUCAUCCUCGGUAGCGUCCGGUAGCGCUGUACAGCCAAAUGAACCUGUCACGGAGCGUAUUGCUCAGCUUGUCACCGAUGUGCUUGCUACGCUUUGGGCAGAUGCGCUUCUCCAGGCUGUUUACGACUUCAUUCACGCAUACGAGGCCGAGCACCACGCACCAUGCCCGUUGGAAAUCCCUCGCUUUCGUUACGUCCGCACGGGUUUGGCUGUUACAAACAUUCCCGACGCACGCCCAGGCGACAAGGUCGUGUACCUGGUGGAGGAGCUCAUUGAUCCAGAGGUGGACGGCGAGUGGAGAAAGUAUAUGAACAAUAAUACAGCUCGUCACCGCUUCGCCGACUCGGAAACAAGUGAUUCGCAAAACUUCAAGCGAGGAGAGUUCCUCACGUUUUGUCAGCAUUUCCAAUACUGUCAUACGGGCGCUCAAGCGUUCACGACCGACUUCCAAGGAGGCAAGAGUCUACUGUCGGAUCCGCAGAUCAUCACAGAUCCCUGCCUUGGCCGCGAACUGUUCAGCAAGGGAAACCUCGCCAGUACACACCGCGACUUCCAGUGGGAUCAUGUCUGCAAUGACUAUUGCAAGUACUUUGAGCUCCCGGACUGUGGCGAGUUGUGAAGGUCUUCAUCCGAAAGACGUUCGAGUGGCCGAGCAGUGCCAGGCAUCGCAGGACAGUGACAGCGCAACGCCCCGGGGGUCCUAGAUGUCUGUUGAA